AUGGAUGAGCAUUUAAUAAUUGAUGGGGGUGAUAAUUAUGAUGAAAUUGUUCUUAAAAUCUUGAAAGACACUGAAAAUAAAAUUAAACUAAUUAAAGUCAACGAGUACAACGAUGGCAUAUUAAAAGAAAUCAACGAACUAAGCGAUAAAAUUAUAAAACUAAAAGAGGGGUUAUCAAAUAUAUACUUUCAGUUUCUCAAGCACAGUUCAGUCAUUUUAUAUGAAAAGAAACUAAAAGAAUUAAUAAAAGAAAUUGAAUCUCUAAAAUGUACAUUUAUUCAGCAUAGAAAUAAAAUAGAAUUAGGAAAAUUUAGUUACAACUACGAUAAUGAUUUUCUUCUUCCUGAAUGUGAUAGUGUUAAUGACGAAGAUGAUAGUAAAGAAUUAAUCGACAAUCAGAUUGAUAUUACUCAUUAUAAACUAUCUUUUCAAAAUAUUAAAAAUGAAAGGAUAAUAAGGGGUCUAGGUGAAACCGAAUGUUCUAGUUUACUCCUGGAUAAUUUAAUUAAUUGUGAAGUUAUAAUUCUCGAUGUUCUAAGUUCUGUAUUAAUACAGAAAAUUAAAAACUGCACGAUUUGGGUUGCAGCCGUUGAAUCGUCCCUUUUAAUAUAUAAUUGCGUAGAAUGCAAUAUUAUAACUAAUUCGAAGCAAAUAAGAAUACAUAACACAAGAGAAACCAAUUUCUACAUUAACUCAAUGAGUUCACCCGUUAUUGAGAACUCGAAGAAACUAUUUUUUUCUCCCUAUAAUCUGAAUUAUGAUGGUCUGUCAGAAUUAUUAAAAAAAAUUAACAUAAAUAAAAAUUCAAGCAAGUGGACAGAAAUUUUGGAUUUUAACUGGCAGAAUACACAGGAAAAGUCUCCAAAUUUUUGUGUAUCAAAUGAAAUACAGGUGUAUGACAUAAAAGUCGAGAAAAAAAAAAGCACAAUAGAACGCACACAGAAGCCUAUAACAAAUAACUACGCUAUAGAAAAUUUCCCUUCUUUCUUAAAAAAAAUAGAUUAA